UUUACAAAUUGAAGUGAGUUAGUUGAACAAAUAUAAAUACUGGUUUUGCUGUGAGGUUAAGCAGCACCAUAUGGAGAUCACUAUGCAAACUUUGGAGAGAGACCUAAAUGACACGAGGGGGUAUUAUGAGAGUGGAAAGACUAAGGAAGAGUCUUGGAGAGAAUCGCAGCUCAAAGGGCUGCGUCGUUUUCUCUUGGAAAAACAAGUAGAUAUCAUGAAUGCCCUCAUGCAUGAUUUAGGGAAACAUCAACUUGAAGCUUUCAGAGACGAGAUAGGAACGUUGAUUAAGACCGUAAAUUUGGCAUUGAAGUCUUUGAAAGAUUGGAUGUCAGGAAAAAAGGCUGCGUUGCCACAAUUAGCAUUGCUCACCAGUGCAGAAAUUGUUCCGGAGCCACUUGGUCUGGUUCUCAUUAUUUCAUCUUGGAAUUUCCCCAUUGGAAUAUCCUUGGAGCCACUGAUAGGAGCAGUAGCUGCGGGAAAUGCAGCAGUCUUAAAGCCUUCAGAGUUGUCUCCGGCAUGUUCUUCUCUACUUGCUUCUAGUCUCCCCACUUAUUUGGACGAUAAAGCCAUUAAGGUGAUCCAAGGAGGGCCACAAGAGACCCAGCAACUUCUAGAGCAAAGAUGGGACAAAAUCUUCUUCACAGGAAGUGCACGAGUGGGGCGGAUUGUGAUGUCUUCUGCUGUGAAGCAUCUAACUCCUGUGACUUUGGAGUUGGGUGGAAAAUGCCCUGCAGUUGUUGAUUCCCUUUCAUCUUCUUGGGACAAAGAGGUCACUGUGAAGAGAAUAAUUGUGGGGAAAUAUGGGACUUGUGCUGGUCAAGCAUGCAUAACAAUUGAUUAUGUCCUUGUGGAAAAGGGUUAUUGUUUAAAACUGGUGGAAUUGAUGAAGGUCUGGAUCAAGAAAAUGUUUGGACAGAACCCUCGAAAAUCAAAAACUAUUGCUAAGAUAGUUAAUAAACACCACUUCUCUAGAUUGAAGAAUCUUCUUGCGGAUAAACAGGUCAAAGGUUCUGUGGUUUAUGGUGGUUCAAUGGACGAACAAAACUUAUUUAUUGAGCCAACGAUCUUGGUGGAUCCCCCACUGGAAGCAGCAAUUAUGUCGGAAGAGAUUUUUGGCCCAUUGCUUCCAAUUAUUACCGUGGAGAAGAUUGAGGACAGUAUUAAAUUCAUAAAUGCUAGACCUAAGCCUCUUGCCCUCUAUGUUUUCACCAAAAACCAUACACUCCAGAGAAGAAUGAUAUCUGAAACAUCAUCUGGCAGUGUGACUAUCAAUGAUGCAGUUCUACAAUAUGCAGCUGAUACUAUUCCAUUUGGAGGAGUUGGGGAAAGUGGGUUUGGCAUGUACCAUGGGAAAUUCUCCUUUGACACAUUUAGCCACCAGAAAGCAAUUGUAAGAAGAAGUUUCCUCACUGACUUUUGGUAUAGAUAUCCUCCAUGGACACUAAAUAAGUUACAACUACUUGAAGUCUCUUACAAUUAUGAUUAUCUGGGAUUGCUCCUUGUCCUGUUGGGCUUAAAGAGACCAUCAAAACGCUUAAUCGCAGAUCAUGUUUAAUGUUUAGCUAGCUAGCUCGUUACUUGGGUACUUUUAUUUUAUUUUAUUUCUUUUUCAAUAGCUGUUAAGAUUUAGGAGCGUACCCAAUAAAAAUUGUUCUAUGAACAAUUAGUGAACGGUACUUAUGGAUAACAAUAUUUGCGUAUUAAAUUCUUAUACAGCUUGAUUAAUCCAUUAUCGUGAUAACAAGGUUCAAUGUUAUGGUUUUAGUAAGGUCGCUGUAGUACUGAAUUGCAAUUAUUUGACAUUAAUCAUAUAUCUUGUUCCAUCAA